UAAUUACUUUCGUCGUCAGUGUUAUUUGGACUGCUCUAUUGCUAUCUAUUCGAUUCGUUUUCGUUUCUGGUUAUUCAUCUAACCUCCAACCUGGCAAGGACGAAUUCGAUAGGCAACCUCUUGGGGAUAUCAAUACUCUUGACGUAACCAUAUCGAAACGAACGAUUCUCCGAUUUAUUAUCACGACGACUUUAUACAAAUUCGAUUCCUGAAGCAGCGCGGUCUGCCUAUUUAUAACAUAACCUUUUCAAACUUUCGAUUCAUUGAGAUAGCGCCAUCUUAUUCUCACAACUGUAUAUCUUUCAUAAAAACAAUACGACAUGAUGUCCCCGCCGAUGCAACUUGCCGCGUCCUCUGGCGUUCCAUUCACGCCCACGAGUGAUGCUCUUGACCGCCACGAAUAUGGAAUCACCAAGAGUAGGAAACUUGCGGCCUCGACUGGUGGAGGAAGAGCCUGGAGUGAGGAUGAGGAGGUGUAUCUGCUCCAAACUCGUCUCCAAAAAAUGCCAUAUAAGCACAUUGCUGCUCAUUUGAAGAAGACCGAGCUGGCAUGCCGUCUUCACUAUCACCAGCUUAGCCACGGAAGCAAUCGCCGUAAACGUACUACGUCUGUGUCUUCGGGUUCCUCUACCGGACACUCGCCAAUCUUGCCAGCUACCGUUCCGUCGCCUGUCCGGGAAUCCUCCCCGCGCGAUGACUCUCCGCCUAUGAGUGUCGGUGGCCAUGACGCUGAUUCCCCGAAUUAUACGACUUCGGUACAACUUCCCAGUAUCAUUACAGGUACUAAUGUUUCUCCUCGACUCCCCGCUAUUCUGCCGAAGCCAUCAUCGAUUGCUCUCCCGACUACUGGUUCCGUAGGUUCGUGCAGCUAUUCGAUGCCGGUCUCGGUCCCAGACGCAACUCGGUCGCUGGCACCAUCUCCCUUCCCCCAACCUUCGCCAAUCGGCCAGACGCCAAUUCUUCGACUAGACUGUUCACUGCCGCCACCUUCGGCUCACGUGGACAUCCCUAGACUUCAGUCUAUCUACGCCGCACAUCGAUCAUCAUUUUGGGCGUCUAUCGCGUCUGAAUAUGGCUCAGGAAUCAGUCCAAUUGUUCUAGAGCAGGCGUGGAAGGCGAGCGUCCUUGCGAUGGGGGGACAAACUCCGCUUACCCCUGUCACUAGUCCCAAUGAUCGCGAGAACUUAUACGAAAAGCAUGAUAAGACCCGUAUUAGUGCGAUCCUUGGUAUCGACGCCAACCCACGAAGUCCGAAGGAAAGGGAAUUGGUUCGACGGCUAGAAGAGGAGCGAAGCGUCGGCGUAACUGCUAAUGCUUAAAGAAAUAAUUCUCAGAGUUCUUUUUUGGAUCCAAUACUGCAGCUCAGGCUUGUCACUCUAGUCAAUAGCGUAGCUUGACUUUGGUUU